GCCUCGCCUGUACCAGGGAGCGCAGUCUCUCCAGUCAGGGUCCGAGAUCGGUCGGAGAUCGCCAUGUCGGAGAGCAGCGCCUGGACCGCGGAGCGAGAACGAGAGGGAGAGGAGCCGCCGGUUGCCGUCCCACCUCCGUACAGCCCCUCGGGGCAGGGCGAGACGCCCCAGCUCCGCACAACGCUGGACUGCUGGGCGUGCGGCGUCCUCAUCUCCGCUCACAACCUGCUGGUCGCCCUGCUCAACCUCCUGCUCCUCAUCCUCGUCUUCGGAGCCGUGCUGCUCCCCGCCGCCGUCAUGGUCUCCUUCGGUCUGCUCUGUCACUCGCAGGUCCUGCACUCGCCGCCCGCCCGCUGUCUGGAGAUCCUGGGUGACGGCAGCUCCACAGCCCUGAUGGUGGUGGGCUUCAUGCUGGUGACGCCCCUGGGAGUCCUCGCCCUUGCUGCCUACUGCCGCCUCGCUCGGCACCUCCAGCUCGGCCUCUGCUUCGUCCCCUACAGCAAGGCCGUCUACCGGAACCUUCCAGCCGCACACUACCGGGCCAGGGGGGUGUGCUGCCUCCAGGGGGCCCAGGAGGCGGGCAAAGUCUGGGUCUAGGGGGCAGCGUAGGGGGCGAGAGGCAGGCAAGGUCUG